AUGCAAAGAGAUAGAGAACAGGAAAGAACAAUUCAUUGCAAAUAUGAACCUCGAGAGCCGGGUGAUUACCAAGUUGAGGUUAAAUGGCAUGGACAACAUGUUCCUGGUUCUCCAUUUUUUGUAUUAAUUGUUGAUACAGAACAAGAAUUACAUCGUUUUCUGGCGGGAGGAAUUCCAUCUCCAACACCAACUUCUCCAUUUGUUCCGCCUGGUUGGCUUCCUCCUGGACCUCCAGGUUUAAUGCCAGGUCCACAUCCUGGUGCACCUCCAUUGCCUAUUAUGCCAUCUCCUAUUCCACCUCCUCACUUCAUGAAAGGCAGCAGGUUAUCACCAGGCGGGCCAAUGCCACCACCCCCACCUCCUCAUGCUAUUUUCCAGCAACAUCCUGCUGCUAGAGGUUUUGGCGGCCCUCCACCACCACAACAUCCCCAUCAGCCAAUUUAUGGAAAACCACAUUUAGCAAAAGUUAUCGGUAAAUAA